CGUAUGUAUUUGCUGCCGCCCCAUUCCCAAUCUGUGUCCGCAUUCCCCCUGGAAAUGCCCCAACAACUUGCAAAUAUCGCCGCCGCCGCCGCCACACCGUCAUGUUGUAAGUCCGAGUAAUCCGCGCGGAAGCAGACAAGGACGGCGAGAACAGCCCUCGGAUCCGUUGCAUGUGGGACGACUGAGGGCGAGUAUAUAGGUUGAAUCCGACGGCGGGGAAGGCACAACUCUUCCCGUUCACUUUGCACUGCUCCCAAUCGCAAAUAUGUUCGCAAAGAUUCACGCUCUCGCCUUUGGCCUCCUGGCUCUCGCGUCUGUCGCUCACGCAGUGACGACUAUCACUGUCACGGUGACCGACCGCGAACAAACCUUUACAACAUCGACUUCGACCAUCCCCGUCGUCGUCCAGCCGACUGUGACAACGACGACGACUGUCGAUGGCGGCGAGUUCGACGUUACCUCCACGGACGUCAUCACUACCACCACGACCGUUUUCGGCGAUGCGCCUACCAGUUCGAGCUCCAGCACGAGCACUAGCACGUACACGUCUUCAAACACGCCGAACCAGACGGGUGCCCCAGGGAACAGUGGUAGCGGUCAGCCGUACCCUGGCUACCCGGCAGGAUAUCCGCCGUACCCAGGAUAUCCGCGGUUUGCUAAGGAGCAGUAGAAAGCAAUGUGACCGAAAGUGGGAUAAGUUCGCGAUCGGACUUGUCAGGAUGGAUAGUGCGGAGCCUCUGAUGUUUAAGCUAUUUAGUAGCACUUUGAAUAGUCGCUUUCAAUCACAAAUUUGGC